AUGCCAACCAUCGACCAUGUCCCUCAACCCACGCGCCGCAGACGCAUCGUGGUCGCAAUGACCGGCGCAACGGGCGCAAUUCUCGGAAUCAAAGCGCUCAUCGCGCUCCGUCGCCUAAACGUUGAGACCCACUUGGUCAUAAGCAAAUGGGCCGAGGCAACCAUCAAAUACGAAACCGACUACCACCCAUCGAAUGUCAAAGCAUUGGCAGACCAUGUGCACAGCAUCAACGAUAUGGCUGCGCCGAUUGCUAGUGGGUCUUUCAAGACCGAUGGCAUGAUCGUUGUUCCAUGCAGCAUGAAGACACUUGCUGCUAUUCGCAGUGGAUUCUGUGAUGAUUUGAUCUCGCGUAGUGCAGAUGUUAUGUUAAAAGAGAGACGGAAACUUGUGCUUGUUGCGAGAGAGACCCCGCUUAGCGAUAUUCAUCUGAGUAAUAUGUUAGAGGUUUCCCGCGCUGGUGCCAUCAUCUUUCCUCCGGUGCCGGCGUACUAUAUCCGGGCUGCGUCGGUGGAUGACUUGGUUAAUCAGACUGUGGGGCGUAUUUUGGAUUUGUUUGAUUUGGAUACGGGGGACUUUGAGAGAUGGGAGGGAUGGCAGACGGAGAAAUGA